GCAUCAUAGUCGAUUAAGCGUCCAUACUAUCUAUCCAUUCUAUCCAUUCUAUCCAUUCCAUACAUUCCAUACUAAGCGGUAGGUUGGGAGGUGGGUAUCUAUACCAAGUAACGUGCAAGUUAUCCAAGUUUAUUGCUAGAUGUAAAUACUGGUUUAGUUUCCUGCUUUUGUUCUUGUCCCAUCUUCUUGCAACUUCUCUACUUGCAAUGCGUUCUCUGCUCUUCUCUUCUCUACCAAAACAUUCUUUGAUUUCUGCGGGAUUUGUUAAGAGUAAGAGUACGAUCAAGAAAAGGAGUAAGAUCACCGGAUUAUUAUUAGUUAAAUAUCUUUCCUCAUCUUCAUCCUCACCCCGAAAACCCUUUUUAUCACUACAUAAACACAAUCACAUUCCCCUUUCAAUCCAAAUUUUAUCGCAAAGCCAAACUCGAACUCUCAACACAAAUUCAACCAUCAAAAUGUCAACACCGGCAGAAAAUAAAUCAUAUUCUACUACUACUACCUCGAGCUUGGGAAACGCAGAUGCGUUCAAGGAGUUGGGGAUUCAGAAUACGAAGAUUAAUGCGGCCGAAGGGGUCAAUCUGAGUGAGAAGCAGAAGGUCGUUGUGGGUAGUAUUUUGGAUGUAUGACUUCUAUUUUCCUGCUACUAAACAUUAUCCCCCUUGUCUUUUCCCCCCAUACUCAUCCAAAAAUCAAGCAUCCACACAAAAACCCCACUAACACCUCCUCCAACCUCAGCUCUUCGCCGGCCGUCCCUCCCUCCCCAAACUCUCCCUCUGGGCCGAAACCGCCAUCUUCGAAGACCCCAUCACCAAAGCCGAAGGCCGCAAACAAUACGCAGCCCAAUGGUACGGGCUCCAAAGCGCAUUUAGCCAAAUCGAACAAAUCUCGCAUCGUGUAACGAACGGGGGUAAUCCUAUCGAAAUGGAUUUGCAUACGAGGUAUGUGGUUAAGGGGUUGGGCGUUGAACAGGUUAUUAAGAGUAAGGUGAGUAUUUUUACGAAUGGAGGGGAUGGGAAGGGACCGCUUGCGAAGGAGGAUAUGAGUAUUUUGAAGGUGGUGGAUGCGUGGAAUGGGGAGUUGCCGGGGGAGGGGGUGUUUGUUAAGGUUUGUUUUUUCUUAUUCGUCUUUGGCUUUUUGGGGAGGGUUUCCCCUUGGAUGAGAGGGUGGAGGGGGUUUUUACUUGUUUGAGAUGGGAUGGAAUGAGAUGAAUAAAAGAAGAAAGGAAAUGAAUAUUUUACUAAUCUAUCUCAUGGUUUGACAUUUAGGCAAUGAGAAACCUCAAUAGUGUCGUGGUACCUGCUUUUGUCAGCGUACCUAAAAAUGAGGAGGAGGAUAAGAAGAGGGGAAAUUAGUUGAUUGAUAUUUUUGGUUAUUGAUGUAUAAUUUGGGAAUUGGAACUUGAAACUUGAAACUUGGAACUUGGAAUUUUGAAAUCAUAACUUGGAAAUUGGAACUUGAGAAUCAUACUUGUAAAUAAAGAUUGAAAGAUGAGAGAGUAAAUGGAUUGAUUGUAGGAC